AGGAAAUCUUGAAAAUUUUUAUAGUUAAACAAGCCAUGAUAAGGAUCCGCAAUUGCUUCAGAGAGCUACCGCUAGUGCUAGCUAUUGAGCUACUGCCUCUCUGACAAGUCCCCAGUUGCGCUGCGCCUGCUAUGUCGUCGUCCUCGCCCGUGUCGGCGGUCUCAGCCACGGCGCCGCACGUCGUGGACGACUGCCUCGGCAUCGUGCAGCUCCUUAGCGACGGCACCGUGACGCGCUCCGCGGACUACUCCGCGCUCCCUCUCCAGGGCGAGGUGCCGUCCAACCUGCCCGUCCAGUGGAAAGACGUCGUCUACGACGCCGCACACGCGCUCCGCCUCCGCAUGUACAGGCCCACCCACGGCGACACGACGACGACGACGGCCAACGACAAGCUGCCGGUGCUCGUCUACUUCCACGGCGGCGGCUUCUGCCUCUGCAGCUUCGAGCUGCCCCACUUCCACGCCGGCGCGCUCCGCCUCGCCGCCGAGCUCCCGGCGCUCGUGCUCUCCGCCGACUACCGCCUGGCGCCCGAGCACCGCCUCCCCGCGGCGCACCGCGACGCCGAGGCCGUCCUGUCGUGGCUGCGCGCCCAGGCCGAGGCCGACCCGUGGCUCGCCGACUCGGCCGACCUGGGCAGGGUGUUCGUCUGCGGCGACUCGGCCGGCGGCAACAUCGCGCACCACGUCGCCGUCCGGUACGGCAGGGGGCAGCUGGCCCUCGACCACAACCCCGUCGUCCGGCUCGCCGGGUGCGUCCUGCUCUGGCCCUACUUCGCCGCCGAGGAGAGAACGGCGUCCGAGACGGCCGGCCUUGAUGGCCAUCAAUUCGUUAGCACAAAGCUGUUGGAGCAGAUGUGGCGCAUGGCGCUGCCCGUCGGCGCGACCAGGGACCACACGGCGGCCAACCCGUUCGGGCCGGACAGCGACCCGCUGGACGACGUCGCCUUCCCGCCGGUGCUCGUCGUGGACCCGGACCUGGACGUGCUGCACGACCGCAUACAGGAUUAUGCCGCUAGGUUGACGGCGAUGGCGAAGCCGGUCGAGCUCGUCGUGUUCAGAGGCAAGGACCACGGGUUCUUCACCUUCGACCCGUGCGGUGAAGCUUCCGACCAGCUGAUCCACGUCAUUAGGGGGUUCGUCCAUGGCGGCUAGCUGCCUAGCUUCCAUUCCAUGGCUGACAGGCUGAGCAUGGAGCUAGCUUUUUAUGCUUCUUUGUCUGUUUUAUGUGACAGCUGGAAAGGUGAACUAAACUAUGAUGUUUAUAUUUUUUUUGCGAGACCAGUUAUAAAUGUUUAUAUGAAUGUACUCUUUCUUAGAA